UCAAUCAUUGUCGUGUCGUAUGUUUCAAAGAUUGUGGCAGUUGUAGCGGCCGCAAUGUGGUGCAAAAUCGGGUUUAAAAAUAGUCUAAAGCUCAGCAUAGCCAUGAGCAUCAAGGGUAUAAUAGACGUUCUUAUUUAUUCUCGAUGGAGGGCCACAAAGCUCGUAGAUGAACAAGCUUUUACUCAAAUAGUGUUGUCUAUGCUGGGGGUGACCCUGGUCGCGACACCAUUGCUACAGUUAUCAUACAACCCUAAAAUCCGACUCCGAUCAGCAUCAACCAAACAUCCCGGUUUCAAAAGCAUCCAGUCAAUGCCAACCAACUCCGAAACAUUUCGCAUUCUUUGUUGCUUUCACAACCAAGAAAGCAUCCACAACCUGAUUAACCUCCUGGAAGCCUCAUACCCGACGCAAGCAAGCCCCAUCAUCACCUACAUGGUCCACACAGUCGAGCUGAUGGGGCGUGCCGCGCCUCUACUAAUCCCUUACAAGAGAUUAGAGCACACAAAUGCAUCAUCAUCAAUCCAUCAAAUGAUGCGAGCCUUUGAGAAUUACUCAGAAAACUCCAGAGGACCGGUCACGAUCCAUGCUUACAAUAUGAUCGCUUCCUACAAAAGCAUGCAUGACACUAUUCUCCGUCUUGCGCAUGACAAGGUUGUACCUCUUAUUAUCUUACCAUUCCAUGAUCACCGGGGUACGGUUGACCACAAUUUGAUUGCUCCCAUACGCCAAUUCAACAUCAAUGUGCAAACAAAUUCCCCAUGUACAGUGGGAAUACUUGUUGACCGAGGCUUGUCUUGUCAGCUGAGCUCGACAUACUAUUCCUUCAAUGUAGUGGUGAUUUUCAUUGGUGGAGCAGAUGACCGUGAGGCGUUGGCCUACGCAGCACGGAUGUUUGGCAAUCCGGACGUGAGAAUGACAGUUUUGCGGAUAAUCUUGCGGAGUAAACUAGAAGGAGGUAACCAAGAGGAGGAAAUAGAGGCCAAGCUCGACCAGUCUUUGAUCUACGAGUUUAAGCUGGCGAACACCGGGGAUGAGUGCCUGAAUUGGCAUGAUAUCGAGGUGGAUGACAGUGCACAAGCUAUGAGUGCCAUUAAGAAGUUGCAAGGCAAUUAUGACCUUGUCAUGGUAGGGCGGCGACACAUGGAGAUGUCGCUGAGGGAUGAAGAAAUGGUGGAAUUUGUGGAGCAUCCAGAGCUGGGAAUGAUUGGUGACAUGCUUGCUUCUUCAGAUUUCUGGGAUGGAAUGGUGAAUGUGUUGGUCAUGCAAGAAAGCAGGGGCUUAGGCUAUGGAGCUUUUCGUAGUGACUCUGCAAGGUUUUCAGAGAAUAUAUAUGAAUGA